AUGACUCCUGAGGAUCCAGUGACCAUGAGCCCUCCUCACACACCUUCUCUCAAAACCAAGAUCUCUCGCCGGUUUCUCGAGACCCUUGUGAAGAUCAGGACGUCAUCGUGUGAACUGGCAACCGGAGGUAAUAUCGGGAAACGUGCCCAGAGGAUAAAGAUCGCCGCCUACUCAAGCAUGGCUCGUGCGGCAGGAUCGAGGAGGGGUUGGAGCCGAGCCCUUCUUGCGAAGCUACGGAGCGGAGCCAGGCGCCGUCGCCAUUUGCAGAUCCGAAGAUGCUUGCGCUUGAAGAGAAAGAGAGCAGGCUCCAGAAAUAUGGUGCUGGAUGAGGUGAGCCGAGCCGAUGAGCUCCGGCGGCUAGUCCCCGGUGGGAAAGCCAUGGAUCUUUGCAACUUGCUGGAGGAAACAAGUCAUUUCAUCCAGUGCCUCGCGACUCAGGUUAAGGUCAUGCAGAGUAUAGCGGAUCGGUACUCAGUUUAA